AUGGAGAGUAUCAUGCGGUCCAUGCAAGAGUGCAACGCUAUUCGUUAUGCAUCUUAUAGAACCGCUGCAAAGAUGCAGAUAUUACAUAGAGAAUUGCACAUGAUGCACGUGGAGCUGGAGUUAAUAGCGGGAGUGUUCGAACGUCACAGGCUCUCCAUCACUGAAAAUUGUGUCAAUUUAGACCCGAGUGAAAUCGAGGACGUUCUUUCCGACAUCUAUUUCGCGGCACAGAAAGAAAGUAAUUUCAAUUUUGAUGUUGACCUUGUGACGAAGCUCGCCACAAGUUAUAUCCUGAAUACUUUUGACAAACAAAGUACCGGAAAUAUUUUAGUGUUCUCGGUAAAAGUUGCGUUGGUAUUAUUGUGCAGUGGCAAAUUACAAGAGAAAUAUGGAUAUUUAUAUCAACAAUUGGCCGAUCACAAUGCGUGUUUAUCUCGAGCUGGCUUGCACACCUUAUUAACGAAUGUCUGCAAAAUAACGGAAAUGCUGGGGGAAAGUAUAGCAUACGGAUACGAACAGAUUCAGUCACACAUAGAUGCCUGUUUUGUAAAGUCUCAAGGUGGCCUCGGAGUUACUGAAGCGGAGUUUGCCACGUGGAUCAUGCAAGAACCUCCACUACUGGUUUGGAUAACGACGUUCAAUCGAAUAAAAUCUGCAGAACAUAUUGUACAUAACAUCAGAUGUUCCUCGUGUAAGGUAACGCCGGUACAGGGACCGAGAUAUAGCUGUUUGAAAUGCACUGGGUAUCAUCAGUGCCAGGAAUGUUUUCUCCUAGGAAAGACAUCGAACAAGCACAAAUUGAAGCACCCGAUUCGCGAGUUUUGCGUGAAGACUUCACAUCGUGAAAUUACGAAGCUGAUCCUUGAAUUGAUCAGAAAUAAACUGAGAUUGUGUCCUACCAGAGCAGUCACGAUGGAGGACACAGUUGCAGACGCUGUCAGUAAUGAAACCAAACGAACGGAUUACGGCUCGAUAAGAAGCACGGUUAAGCGAAAAAUUCUGACUGAUCCGCAAAAGGAAUUACAAAGUAUCAUAAUGCACUUGGAAGAAGAAAAUCGACAAUUGCAAAUCGAGUUGCUAGAUAUACAGGGCACCAAAGCAGAGAGGCUACAACGUCAUCGAGCGACCAUCGAAUCUCAACUGCAGCGAUUGAAAAUGCUUAAGAAAUGUUUAUUCACCGAUACGGCCCAAGUGCCACAGAUCAUCACUCGUAUGCAAAGCACCCCGAUGCUGCCACCCUUGUCGUCCAGAUUAACGGCCUUGCCUCUGGAAUUCGAAUUGAGUCCGAUUAUCAGACAAGACGGCACGAACCAACAAGGAGUCAAAUUACAACAUAGAAAAGAAAAAUUAAUGUUAAAUAGUUUUAAUACAUCAUCGCCUAUAGAACGUACGGUAGAAGAGAAUAACGCCAACGCUCUUUCUUGCGUCGAAGAGGCCUCCACAAGUACUGGAUUCGCCAAUAUGUCAGAAAGCAAUCGUAUAGAAUUAAGUACUUGGAUCGGAGGAACAAGAAGAAGAGAAUUGACUCCAGCUGACAGUGGCUUCUCUCAGUGGUUGGCCGCUGGCAACUCGAACUGCAAGGAAGACAAUUACGCGGCAAUUAGUAGUACAAAUAAUGACACGUCGUUGAUAGCUUCUCAAUCUCCAACUGGCAUUCAUAGAGACAAUACGCCGUCUUCCCUGCAACGCCCCGAUAAACACUCGCAACACAGUAGUUUGCAAAAUAUUCAAGGAGAUCUUAAUGAUAUACUAGAUAGACUGCAAAAUAUGGUUGCAAAUGACUGCUUUGACGAAUCAUACGAUGGCAAUGACAAUUGUAAAUUGAAACGUGCCACUACAGAGAUGGAAGAUCUAUUGACUGGCCUCAUUGAAGGUAUGGAAUCUCGUAAAAGUAAACUUACUACUAUCGUCUAA